UAAAUUUUCGGCCUUGGUCCGUCUCCCCUGCCCAGCAUUUCAGCCCAAGCUGGAUGAGAACAAUGGCAAGCACGAGCAUGACGGGCCAACCCGGGCCAUUGGCAGCCAUAAAUUCAUCUCCCUCCAUGAAUUCUUCCUACCGCGUGGAGCUUGGAGGAAGAAAGUCAGGCUCCCAGUAUACCUCCGGAAGAAAGAGAGAGAAGGUUAGAGAGAGAAUGGGAAGGAGAGGUAGGGCAGCUGUGGUGGUCCUCGGCGAUCUCGGCCGCAGCCCUCGGAUGCAAUACCACGCUCUUUCCCUCUCCCGCCAGGCACUUUUAGAGGUGGAUGUUGUUGCGUAUGGAGGUACUGAUCCCCAUGGUGCUCUUUUAGAGAAUGCAUCUAUCCAUCUUCACAAAAUGAAGCCAAUAGUCAUCAGGGGCUUGCCGAGGCUAUUGCAUUUGUUGGUGCUUCCACUUAAGGCAUUGGUUCAAUUUUUUGUGCUUCUUUGGUUUCUCUGUGUAAAGAUACCUCCUCCAGAUGUUUUUAUUGUGCAGAACCCACCUUCUAUUCCAGCAUUGAUUGCUGUCAAAUUUGCUAGCUGGUGGAGGCAGUCUGCGUUUGUAGUAGAUUGGCACAAUUUUGGAUAUACUCUGCUAGGUCUAUCACUGGGGAGAAGUAAUAUCUUGGUGAAGAUCUACCAUUGGGCUGAGAAGCAUUUUGGGAUGAAAGCUGAUGGGGCCUUAUGUGUUACAAAGGCAAUGCAGCAUGAACUAGCUCAAAAUUGGGGAAUCAAGGCAACAGUUCUAUAUGACCAGCCUCCUGAGUUUUUCCAUCCUGCUUCGCUACAAGAGAAGCAUGAGUUGUUUUGCAGAUUGAAAGGAGAUCUCAGUAAUCUUUGUGACAUUCGUGAUUGUAUCAGCUUUGGUAAUGUUGGAAGAGAUGGCAAUGCUGCAUUCCAAACGGAGGAGCUCAAUGCAAAUAACACUCUCUUUACCACCCAAGUUGGCAAUGACAUUUUCGCAAAGCCGAGUAGGCCAGCCCUCAUUGUUAGCAGUACUAGCUGGACUGCAGAUGAAGAUUUUAGCAUGCUUCUGGAAGCAGCAGUUAUGUUUGAUAGGCGUGUUGCAGCUAUCCUAAACGAGGACGACUCAGUUGAGGAAGAGAUGCUUUGGAUGGACAUUUGUAAGGGGAAGCAAUACUUGUACCCAAGGCUACUAUUCAUCAUAACCGGUAAAGGUCCGGAAAGAGAAAAAUAUGAAGAGCAAAUUAAGAAGUUGCAUCUCAAACGUGUGGCCUUCCGUACAAUGUGGCUAUCAGCAGAGGAUUAUCCAUUGUUGCUUGGAUCAGCAGAUUUAGGUGUAUGCCUCCAUACAUCUUCAUCUGGCUUAGACCUUCCCAUGAAGGUUGUAGAUAUGUUUGGUUGUGGAUUACCAGUUUGUGCUGUUUCAUUCUCAUGCAUUGAGGAGCUUGUGAAAGUAGAGAAAAAUGGCCUUCUCUUUUCAUCAUCUUCUGAACUAGCUGAUGAACUCCUGAUGCUCUUCAAGGGUUUCCCAGAUCAAUGCCAUGCUCUGAAAUCUCUGAGGGAUGGCGCCUUGGAAACAGGGUCCACUUCAAGGUGGGCCGCUGAGUGGGAAGAUCAUGCUUUGCCACUUAUAGAUGAGGGCUCAAAUUGAUGAAAAUGACAGAUCCACUCAAGAAUGAUGGGGACACAUGUAAUGAGUUGUGGGUCCCCUCCAAGCAUGGAUGGAUUCCAUUGUCUUGAGCCCAUGAGAACAGUGAUCUAACUAAUUGGGGAUGUCAAAAUGGACAUUAGAAAAACAAUUAAAUGAUCUUUAUUUGGCCUUACACGAUGAAGAUACGCCAUUUAUAACCAGAGGAAUUACAUGACGGUGUGGUAUGUACAUGUUUUUAAUUGUGAGCAGGGGGACCCAUGGUUCAGUAUUCCAGAUCGUUGGUCUGUUGCGUCUCACUCAGGAUGGAAUAUGGGCCCCACUUUUCCAAAUUGAAAAUCUUUGUAUGCUGUGCAAAGUUGUGGGUGUAGCAUGUAAUUCCUCUAUAAAGGGCAUGUCUGUCCCUCUGGACUAGGUCUUUUUUUUUUUUUUUCCUGCAAUCCCUUUGAAAUGAAAACGAUAUCCAUGGUAUCCUACUUUCCACCCUUUGUGAACCCUUUGUGAAAAAAGAAAGCUUGGAAUCCAUUUUCCAUUUCCAAGUGUAUCUGCAAAAACACAGAUAUUCAUGUUGCCCAAAAAAUGUUUAAAUUGAUUUCUGAGGUGAAGGGGCUGGUGACUGUUUGAUGGCUAACAUUUUUUACAUUUCUACAUGAAUCCACACUGCAAAUGAAAAGAAUUCCUCAUGGAAUCCAUUCUUUUCCAUUUCUAACUGAUUCGAUGUUCUUAUUCCAUAUUCCACA